UGAGAGUCAUUACUCCUUUCACUUACAAAAAGAACUUUCACCAUAUGGACGCCAGUACAGUAAAAUUAGACUCUUUAGAGAAACCAGCUAUGUACAAAGUACUCUCCAAUGUAUCAAAGUAUACAAUCUACGAUGGAUUGCGUAAGACACCGUCUGUUCUUCAUGGAGCAUCUAUAACAACAUUAAACCUAAAUCAGCAACCAAUUCCAAAACAACCUGUUCCUGAUCUCAAGCAAACUAUGGAACGUUACUUGAGAUCCUUAAAACCAUUAUUGACCGACAAUGAAUAUAAAAAUACAGAGAAGAUUGUUGGUGAAUUUAUAAGCCAUACAGGCGCAGGACCUCGGUUACAUGCCAAAUUAUUGGAGAGAUAUCAGAAUACUGAUAACUGGAUGAAAGAAUGGUGGCUAGAAGUCGCAUAUUUAGGAUACCGUUUGCCAGUGAUUGUGCAUUCCAGUCCUGGAACUGUUGGGCCUCCAAUUACUUUCCAUCGACCAGAUGACAUUUAUAUGUAUGCAGCACGUCUCGUUGCUGCAGUGUGCAAUUAUAAUGAGAUGGUUAAAAGUGGAAAGAUUAAACAAGAAAUGGCUCGCAAUGAUCCGCUUGAUAUGCAGCCUUACGGCAUGAUACUUGGCACGCACAGGCGACCCAACGAAGUAGUCGACAAAUUGUUGCACACAGACGAGGCCAAACACAUAAUAAUCAUAAGCAAUAAUAAUUUCUUUAAACUUUGUGUUGUCGAUAAAGACGGCAUUUUAAGCGAGGGCAAACUUGUAGCUGCCAUAAAAGAUAUCGCAGAUCGCUCGAGUACUCAAGGAAAGCCCGUAGGAAUUUUAACUGGAAAUGACAGAGAUACUUGGGUGAAGGAUUAUAGCUUACUUUUAGAACUGGAUAACAAUAGGGAUAUAAUCAAAGAUAUAGAAAGUUCCUUGUUUAUUUGUAGCUAUAUAAAUGCUGGAAACAGGUGGCAUGACAAAACUAUACAGUAUAUAAUAUCCGCCGAUGGUUACAUUGGCAUGGUAUACGAACACAGUCCAUGUGAAGGAAUUCCAGUUGCUGUCCUUCACGAUUAUGUAUUAAAAUAUAUCGCGGCAAGAGAAAAUAGCGCAAGGGAUGGAAAGUCUGCGGAUUUCCCGAGACCAGAGCUUUUGAAGUUUGAAAUUAACGACGCUAUAGACUGUGCAAUCGAAAUAGCUACUGAUACGGUAGAUAAACUCUCAGACGACAUAGAUAUGGAAUGUUUUACAUUCGACAAAUUUGGUGCAGACGCUAUAAAAGCGAUCAAACUGAGUCCCGACAGUUUUAUUCAGAUAGCGAUGCAAGUGACUUUUUACAAUUUACAAAGGAAGGCGCCGGCUCAUUAUGAAAGCGCGGCAUUACGAAGAUUUAUUAAUGCCAGAACCGAAUGUAUUAGGUCGACCAGCACCGAGUCGGUUGAGUUCGCGAAAGUAAUGCUUCCUGGGGAAUGCAAGAGCAAACAACAAAAGAAGGAAAUGAUGAUCAGAGCUAUAAAUGCUCAUAAAGAAUACGCCGCACAAGCUGCGACAGGUCAAGGCGUCGACCGGCAUUUAUUUGGCUUAAAAAUGAUAGCAAAAAGCGAAGGAAUGGAGCUCCCAGAAUUGUAUAAAGAUGUUGGUUAUACCAGAAGUACAUAUUUCAAUUUGACAUCAAGUCAGGUGCCAUAUAAGUCAGCGUCUUUUAUGUGCUUUGGACCGGUUGUUCCCGACGGUUAUGGUUGCUGCUAUAACCCACGACCGAAGGAUAUUCUAUUUGCCUGUUCGUCGUUUAAAUCGUGCAACGAGACUAAUACGAGAAAUUUUGCUUGUGUUUUACAGCAGACAUUGUGCGAUAUGCGAAACAUAGGAAGUGAAUAAAAUUGUAAGAACUUCGCAAUUUUAGUACGAUGGAAAAAAAGUACCGAAUUUGAUAUUUUUAUAUUAUAUACGAUAGCAAAAAAAGAGAUGCUCGAAUCAAACGAAUUUGCUUCGCAUAAACUUUUUAUUGCGAAAUAUAUACUGAAGAUCCAAAACACUUUGUAUAGUAUGACUUGGUCUGCUCUGUAUAU